AUGAAAUUCGUCAUUGUUUUCGUUGCCCUCUUCGCUCUGGCUUAUGCCGCUCCUCCUCAGCAGGUUGCCGAGGUCCUUCGCUCCGAAUUUGAUGUUGGACCUGACAGCUUCAAAUAUGCUUAUGAGACCUCUGAUGGUAUCAACUCUGAAGCUGAGGGACAUCUGAACAACGUUGGCACCGAACAAGAAGCUAUCGCUGUCCGUGGCUCUUUUUCCUAUGUGGCUGAUGAUGGUCAGACCUACACCGUGACCUACGUUGCUGAUGAGAACGGUUUCCAGCCACAGGGCGCUCAUUUGCCCGUUGCCCCCCAGGUCUAA